AUUCUACGAAUUCUAAGAUAUCGAAACAAUAUCUGAACUUAAUCUCAUAAAUUUUAGUUAAAUAACAUUUCUUACAGAAACAAGAUAACCUUUUUAGUAAGAGAAAAUGCUAGAAGUUACAUGUAAUGACCGUUUAGGUAAAAAGGUAAGAGUGAAAUGUAAUCCAGAUGACACAGUGGGAGACUUGAAGAAACUAAUCGCUGCACAAACAGGCACAAGACACGAUAAAAUUGUAUUGAAGAAAUGGUACACUGUAUUUAAAGAUCACAUCAAGUUAUCUGAUUAUGAAAUCCAUGAUGGGAUGAACUUGGAGCUGUAUUACCAAUAAGAUUACUGAUUUAUUUAUAAGUUUUGUAAUUAUUUGAUUAAAUUUAAGUACU